GCGUUCGAGAAACGUACCAUAUGAAAUGAUGUGGGGUCACUUAGUUUUUGGAAGGCGUUUUUGAUGGGCGAUGUCCUGCCCUUGCGAACUAUGUGCUGCUGAAAUUAUCGUGUAAUAUGUGCAGGUAUGUUGGGUCUAGCGCUGGAGUCUGAAAAUGCUACCCAACGAGCUCAUGUCUAUGUCACUGAAACCAGAAGUUAUGUUCUAUCAUGCGCUGUGGCGGCACCGAGUUGAAUAUCACUGUGAUGAAGUUGUUCGCCAAGAUAAACUUGUUUGCUCUGAUCUUCGUCCAAACUUGCGCUCCCAACAGGCAACAAGCUGUCUUAGGUAUUCCAGCAUACAAUGACUUGUGACAACUCCUUGCAUCUGUUUUUCUGGCGGAAAUAAACAAAUAACCUAAAUUUAGAAUGUCCAGAUAAACCAUUAUGCUGCUGAAACUUUAAAAACUGCUUAGAAGGAACUUCAUCAGCAUGGAUUUAGUUGUUAAAUUUUCUGGUGCAUUGGACCUGAUUGGAUUGGACUGAAAAAAUAUAGUGUAGGCGAAUUGGCAGGCAAAUGAGACCUGGACUAGCUGGACUGUACUGGACGGGGUCUUCAAAAUUCAGUCUGUGAAGUGCUCUUGCUGCGACAUGGGCGAUUUUGACAUGGACAGUCUGGAAGCAAAUCUGAUGUCAUAAGCAUGUUCCGUUCAUUCAGUGAAGCAAUCAAAAACAUUUAAGGACAAUUAAUGAAGGACUCUGGACUUCAUUGAAAGGACUUAAAGGACUUAAGGAUGAGGAAGGACUUAAAACCUGGAUUUGUCCCCAGAUUUAGGCCACUAGGUUGUGUUUCCUGUGUCAACAUAACACUUGUUUUGUAAACAGAUGUAGAGUUGCACAGCUCAUACCCUGUUGGAAUGCUGCAAUCAUACACCUUAAUACCUAAUUUGUGCCAUGUUCUGAAAUUGGUCACAUCUUGGAUAAGUUCCAUCCACCCUACUCUUUAAAACAGUGGUGCAGGCAGAAUAUGCUGUAGAAUUCAGUUCUCUUUAACCCAAGUAUACUGUUGAUGUUCACAAAAUCACCCAGAAAGCUAGAAAAACAGAAAAUCAGUGGGCCAUACAUACUUAACAGUUUUGGUCUUGCUAUGAUACAAGAAAAGGACAAUUUUUGACUCAUUUCUAAGUAGGUGGGCCAUUUCGGCCGAACUCAGUCUGCAUGAUGGAGAGGUGCAGGAAUGAUGACCCGUUUGCAUGUGAUUGCAGUUUAAGCACACCAGCUUUAACUUAAGCACGAGCGAGUCGACCACGUGCUCCACGUUCAAAACCUCUGAUUGGCGAAGCUCUCGGAGACCGACCAACUGGACGCCGCGGCCCUCCUGACGUCUCGGCAUUACGAUGCAGUCCCCCUCACCGCUAGGCCGACGUCUCCACUCGCGCAAAAUGCUUCGUUACUUGGUGUCCCUCCUGUUCGUCACCGCUGUCUUCCUAUUCUUAUUGCGGCUUUGGUUCGGUCCGCCACCCUCUGGCAUUGCCGGAUCCGCGGGCAGCGCCGCCUACCGGCUGCCAGGGUGCGCUUGCGAGCGUCACUAUGACCCGGCGAUCCCUCGUAGUCGCUCCAGCUGCGGUGGGUUUGCCGACCUGCGCGGCGCUGGCCAGCGUGUGAUCGCCUUUAGCUUCUUUGGUGAAUUGGUCAACGACUUCUUCCGCGGGAUCGAGAAGAACGCGGAGCUCGCGCGGCAGUUCUACCCGGGCUGGGUGAUGCGAGUCUAUCACGACAUUGACCUGCGCACGCCAGCCGGCAGGGACGCGGUGUGCGGACUGCAGUGCCGGUACGACCACUUGGACUUUUGUGGCGUACGCCAUGUGGCGGGCCUAGGUGACAUCAGUCAAAAGCACUUCUCCGUUUGGAGGUUCGUCGUUCUGGCGGACGACUCGGUCCGCAGGUUCAUCGUGCGUGACCUGGACUCUCUGAUGAACCAGCGCGAGAGGGACGCUGUGGAUGAGUGGCUGGCGUCCAAUCGGACCUUCCACGUGAUGCGGGACCACCCCGAGCAACAGAUAGAAAUUCUUGCAGGGAUGUGGGGAGGCUGGAACCGCUACAACAGCGUUUACCGACCCGUCCUUCGGAAGAUAAUGAACGCCACAACACGGCUGUGGAAAGAUGAGCAGACGCUUCGGGCGGUGCUCUGGCCGGAGAUGCUGCGCCGGCGGGACGUGCUGGCGCAUGACAGUUACACGUGUCAGAAGUUCCCACACACCAAGCCGUUCCCGUCCCAGCGACGAAACCGCGAGUUUGUGGGUGCGAAGCUGCUGAUCUUGAACCAGACGGUGCCGGAGCCGUGUCCGCCGCCCUGCCGUCCCCCACAGCACCAGGACUGGCUGUGGUGCUGAUACUGGGUUGCUGGUCACCAGGUCAUAUAUGCAUCUGAUCUGUGGCACAAUAGUACAAAAAAGAACACUGCUGCAGCGUUCGCAGAGCAGAGGGAUUGCUGCAUAAUGGACCGCCUGAAUUGUAGCACCUAUGCCCAUCCAACCUAGCUAUGCUAUUCAAGGCUGCUGCGUUGGUGUGAAAGUCCGACUUAACGUCGUCAACACUCCGCUGCUCUGCCAUGUUCGCCACACGAAUGCCGACGCACAGUCACUGGUCGAAGCGGCCAGUCAUGAGAGUCUUCCGAAAGUAUAGAGCUUUUUUGCGACCAACGGCGGUGCUGAGGCUGGUGCGGCGGAAAGUCUAUCGAGAGAGUCGGACGUGUAGAGAUAAACCAUUGAGUGCUUCGGAAGUGCUAUGUUUGUGAAUAGUCAUGUCCUGUGCUGGUGGUGUUUGGGGCCAUCCUGAUUUUAAGUGUUGGUGUUUUCUGAACUGUAUCCGCAGAUGCGUUGUGAGCUUUGGAAUUUCUGUAUCUGGUACUGGUGGGCGCUUAGAGGCAUAAGCAUGUUGGGGGUUUGGCAUUUAUCUGUUUUUUAUAACCUUGCAAAACGGACUGAUUCCGUGGAGGUGGAACUUGUGUUGCUGAUACCGUGGUGACGGGGCUCGCUGUGCUGAUACCGUGAUGACGGAACUUUCCAUGGUGCUGAUACGGUGAUGAUAGAGCCCGCUUUAGUGUUUAUGCCGUGGAAUGUUGAACUGGCUGUGGUGCUGAGGCUGUGGGAACCGAAUCGGUUAUGGUGCUGACACUCUGAUUGCAGUCAACAUUAUCCCUCGGCAGUCACGCGGCCCGCAACGGGCAGGGUCCAUCGCAAGGACCGGCUGUCGCACGAGGGCCCGCGGUGGUGCUUGCAACAUUAAAUCCAGUGGGCCUGACCCGAUUUCCCGGCUUUUCCGCGGUGUUCGUCGGUUCACCACGGGUGAAACGCAUGUGUGGCGCGCGGCGGUGACGGGGGCUGGUGCGGCGGCGCCGUGACUCCGCGCCUGCUACCUUAAAUUACCUUUCCCAUAAAAUAACUUGCGUCGAGGUGCGCUGUCAUUUGCUGUAAGUUAUCGGUUUAAGGAUCACGGUGUGUCAUAGGGCAGGAAAAAUGGCUUUGCCUCGGCGGACGGCAUGUGCUGCCUAGUUCAACGUCAAUCCGGCAAUUUUUCAGCAAAGUUCUUGCAAAGGAAAGUUGUUCCAAUGUAAUCGAAAUAAUUCUGUAAGAUAUAGCGUGGAUUACCACAUCUCAUUCGCCAACUCGUCGAAGUGUUACUUACGUAGCCCUUUCCUCUGCUGCUUUUGGCCUGUGUCGCUCUUUAAAUGAAUGGUCCACAUUUGAAGAUACCGAAAAGAGUGUCGGGUACAUGAAUAAGCCCACUUAUCAUCAACGAUGCCUUUAAAUGGAAAAGGCUGUUUUAGUCAACGCGAGUUUUCCUUUUAAUGGAAUGUGUUUCUCAAUGGACACUUGUUUUUAUUACGUUAUGGUAGCUGAUACAACGCUCAAGGAGAGCCAAUUAACGGCCGUUUUAUCUGGAAGUAGCGCUCACAAACGCCAGAUAUACACGACUCGGCAAUUAUAUUUUUCUUGGCCUUGACCGCCGCAUGAUUAAGGAAAGCACAGGAUCUGGAUGGCAUCAUGGUGUCGUGAAUGCCAGGAUGAUCUCGAAGAUAUCUGCACAUCUUCACGAGCGUGUAGCUCAGAAAUAGAUAGGUCUUGAGGAAUGCAGGGCUGUAAAUUGCACCGAUUGGUGUUAAAUGUGGGCAUUUCAGUUCAAAACUCCAUAGAAGGGUGAAGCUCUCCAUUUAAGACUAUGGAAAAACUUGCUUCGCGCGACUGACUUUAAAAUGGCUCGGUACACUCUGAACUGACAAAACACAGAGGCUUUGCUGAAUUUUUGUCUGUGGAUUCUCAAGACCACGAAUUUCGGUGAUCUCAAUAAAAGAUCGGUCGGUAAUUUUUAGUGACGUGGUUCCCAGUCAUUUGAGCAUGAGUAUGACCUCGAAAGGUAACCUUGAGUGGUCAGGAGUUUUUUUAAGGACGUUUGUUUCUUUUGUGCUUGGCACAUAUAAUAUUCUGAUACUGGAAGAUUUUAGAUCGGACAGCAAUUUUUUGGUGAUAAGGAGUUCUCCGUAAUUUGACCUGGCUUUACACCUUAAUCGUCACAGGAUAUUGUAAAAUAGGUCAUUUUUGUCUUAUUUGGCUGUAAUUGAGCACCCAACGUGUUUUCAGAGAAAUCAGAACUCUUCGCUGAAUAAAUCGCUUCAGAAAUCCCUAACCUCGCGGGCAUUAUCAGCGCGAUGGUGAAAGUUCCAGGUAGGCAUGGAUCCAUCUGGAUUUUUACGUCUUGGCUUUUUUGUCCUUCGACCGUUUCUGAUUCGCCAUUUGUCCGAUAAUGCUCUUAUCCCGUCGACUUUCAUCUCCUCCGACUAUUUUCGUUCGAUGUUUUUGUGUUCCCUUUUCCUAUUUGGCUUUUCAUUGGACUUGGAGAUCUGUGUUGACUUGGAGACUUAUGUCCGGCUAUCCGUCUGUCACUGCUGGUCACUGGAGCAUGCAUGUGAAUAAAUACCGAGAAUGAAAAAACGAAAAUAUACACGUAAGAGAUAUGGAAUGA